CCGCGCCCCGCGCCUCCCCUCGGAGCCGCUCUCCACCAGCCAUGCCGGCCGCCUCCGCCGCCCCGCGCCCGCCGCCCCCGGCCCGGCCCGCCCCGGGCUGCCCCGCUCGGCCUGCGCCUGGACAUCGGGGCCUAUGUGACAAUUCUCUAAAGUACUUAAGCUCCAAAAUCACAGAGCGAAAGCUACAGAGUCCCUGGCUACCUGCUGGCCGAGGGAAUCUAGAGAAACCACUCCUGGGCCCACAUGGCUCUGUUGUGCCCACGUUCAGCACUCAGAAAGGCCUUCACUCAGUCCAUUCUGAGAACAGCCCACUGAAGCCCAGGGUUGUGACCGUGGUGAGGCUGGGUGAGCCCCUCCGUAAGGUCACCAUGCUCCUCAACAGGCGAUCGGUGCAGACAUUUGAGCAGCUCCUAGCAGACAUCUCAGAAACCUUAGGCUUUCCAAGAUGGAAAAAUGAUCAUGUGAGGAAGCUGUUUAACCUCAAGGGUAGAGAAAUCAGGAGUGUCUCUGAUUUUUUCAGGGAUGGGGAUGCUUUCAUAGCUAUGGGCAAAGAACCCUUGACAUUGAAGAACAUUCAAAUGGCUAUUGAGGAACUGUAUCCUAACAAAAACCGGGCACUGACAGUGACCCAGCAUAGCCGAGCCUCUUCUCCAAGGCUGAGAAGCAGACUUUAUAGCAAGGUUCUGAAAGGGGGCCACCACUGUGGGGAGACUGGGAGUGGCACUGAGUCCGCCCAGGGCAAGGCAAUCAUCAGGCGUCAGGGAAAGUCCCCCAUGGAGCCUGCACUGCAAGACAAGGUGAGGGCCCAGAAGAAGUGGAUGAGGGGGAAACAGAAGCCUGAAUCUGGUAGCAAGCUGUCCAGAGAAACCACUCUGGAGGAGAGGCAUGCCAGUGGAGAGAAGCACCUGGGGCUGGAGAUUGAAAAGACUUCUGGGGAGAUUGUCCGAUGUGAGAAGUGCAAGCGAGAACGGGAGCGCCAGCAGAGCCUACAGCACGAGAGGCUUUCCCUGGGCACCAGUGAGCUGGACAUGGGCAAGUGCCAGAGGUAUGAAGUGGAGAAGCUGGUGAGGACAAAGAGCUAUAGGAGGUCUCCAGAGGCAAACCCUGCACAUGGUGGGGAAGGGCGCAAGGUUGACAGCCAUAGGAGCAGUCCCAGGAAUCCCACACAUGAGCUGCACAGACUUAGCAAGAACACGGAUAUGAAAGAGGACAGAGACCCGGAGGAUCAAGCAAGCCAUCCUCAGGGAGCAGCCAGGAUCAAGAAGGAGCUCAUGGAAGUGCCUCCAGAGACAGAGGAGGGGCCCAGGGAUGUACAGAAAGACAUCAGGCAUGUUUGCAAGAGCAAGCAUAGUAUCUCUCUGCUGAGAGAGCACCAGCCUGAGCUAGAGAAGCUCUCUAAAACCCGAAGAGAAGAAAAGGAAGCAGAGAAUGAGAAGAAGCCUGGCGUGUCAGGAGCGAGGAAGAUAGCUGUCAGAGAUGACCCCCCUGCAAGGAUAGAGAAGGAGCCCAAGACCAGACCAGAAGAGAACAAGUCAAAACGGUCCACUGGCCGGAAGCCGCGGCCUGCAGGCAUCAUCACGGCGGAUGUAGGGAAGCAUUAUGAGACUGGACGGGUCAUUGGGGAUGGAAAUUUUGCCGUGGUGAAGGAGUGCAGGCACCGUGAGACCAGGCAGGCGUAUGCCAUGAAAAUUAUCGACAAGUCCAAACUCAAGGGUAAGGAGGACAUAAUUGACAGUGAGAUCUUAAUCAUUCAGAGCCUUUCUCACCCCAACAUAGUGAAACUGCAUGAAGUAUAUGAAAUGGAAAUGGAAAUCUGCUUGAUCAUGGAGUAUGUACAGGGAGGGGACCUUUUCGACGCCAUUAUAGAAAGUGUGAAGUUCCCUGAGCCCGAUGCAGCACGCUUGAUCAUGGACCUAUGUAAGGCCCUCGUCCAUAUGCAUGACAAGAAUAUUGUCCACCGGGACCUCAAGCCAGAAAAUCUCUUGGUUCAACGAAAUGAGGACAAAUCUACCACUUUGAAACUAGCUGAUUUUGGCCUUGCAAAACAUGUAGUGAGACCUGUAUUUACUGUGUGUGGAACUCCAACAUAUGUAGCUCCUGAAAUUCUUUCUGAGAAAGGUUAUGGCUUGGAAGUGGACAUGUGGGCUGCUGGCGUGAUCCUCUACAUCCUCCUGUGUGGCUUCCCUCCAUUCCGCAGCCCAGAGAGGGACCAGGAUGAACUCUUUAAUAUCAUCCAGCUGGGCAACUUCGAGUUCCUUGCCCCUUACUGGGACAAUAUCUCUGAUGCUGCCAAAGAUCUGGUAAGCCGAUUGCUGGUGGUAGAUCCCAAAAAGCGCUACACGGCCCACCAGGUUCUUCAGCAUCCCUGGAUUGAAACAGCUGGAAAGAUCAGCAGGGUGGACCCACAGAAGGAAGUGUCCUCCAGCAGUGAGGGCCAUAGCUGGAGCCAGCACAAGAGGAUCAUGGAGCAGGCAUCAUAGUCAGUGCCUUGGUCAUCGGUUCCACUCUAUUUCUGCUUGAGGAUGGAGAAGAGGGUUGAAGUCUGGGAGAGAAACAGAAUCUUCUUCAUAUAAUUGGAGAACCAGGAGAGAUGCUCAAUGUAUUUUAAAAUGAAUAUAAAAAAUAAGCGGAGUCCUAAUGUUAAAUGUAACAUAUUUUUAGAUUUGUGUAUUUAAGGCCUUUAAUACAAUUUUUUUUUGGUAAGAGUCAUCAUCAGUGAGAAAGUUUUGCUAAUCAUGAUGUGUUUUGCUUCCUUGUAAUGCAGUUCAUGGUGUACUACAUGAGUGGUGCUUUCUAGUGUCUAAACUCCCCUGUUCAAUUAUUGAGGUGAAUCAUGGCCUUUCUGUGUUAAUAAAACAUGCUCUGAAUAACA